CUGCUCACUGCCUCACCCCUGCACGAAAUCUGUGCACACGGAAAAGACCAAUCACGAAUGUGGAUUUUCCUUCUUCUGCUUCUGUUCCUUUCGCCACCGCCCACUCCCGACAAGCUGACAACGGAGACAGCUCCCCUGGAACCAGCCUUACUUUUCCAUCUCCUCCCACCCAGCGACAACCCGCCCACUCGCUGCGCGCAUGGGCCGCCGGCGGACGCAGCGAGCAUGCGCGAGCGUGCCGAGCCUGCGCAGAGGCGCGCGCGGCUGCCGGGAGCUGCUCCGGCCGUCGGCGAGCGACGCGGAGGUCUCUGCGGCUGCUGUGGGAGCGACAGGAAGUGAGGCGGCUCCGCCGGGCGACCGCAGCGGCCGAGGGCGAGGCGGAAGGGGCGCUGCGGCGGCGGCGACGUCGGCGGCGGCGGGGGUGGAGGCCGAGCGAGCGGAGCGCCGGGGCGAGCUGCCGGCUGUGAAGCCGGAUCCCGAGCCGGGCGGGAUGGAUCAUCACCAGCUGGCGACUGGCCGCUACCAGGUGCUGCACAAUGAAGAAGAUAAUUCAGAAGCAUCGGCCGUAGAACAGCCAUCCACUUCCAGUUCAACAGCACAGGACAUGCAGACAGCUGCCUCAGCACCAGCACCUGAAACGGAGUCUUCUCCUCCACCCUACAGUAGUAUUACUGUGGAAGUACCUACAACUUCUGACACAGAUGUUUACAGUGAGUAUUACCCCGUGCCGCCUCCCUACAGUGUUGCUACCUCUCUUCCUACGUACGACGAAGCGGAGAAGGCGAAGGCUGCCGCGAUGGCCGCUGCUGCGGCAGAAACAGCUCAGAGAAUUCAGGAGGAGGAAUGCCCACCAAGAGAUGACUUCAGUGAUGCCGACCAGCUCAGGGUGGGCAAUGACGGCAUCUUCAUGCUGGCGUUUUUCAUGGCGUUUAUUUUCAACUGGCUUGGGUUUUGUUUAUCCUUCUGCGUCACCAACACCAUAGCCGGGCGGUACGGCGCUGUCUGUGGGUUCGGCCUUUCCCUGAUUAAGUGGAUCCUCAUUGUCAGGUUUUCUGAUUAUUUUACUGGAUAUUUCAAUGGACAGUAUUGGCUUUGGUGGAUAUUCCUUGUACUUGGCCUGCUUCUCUUCUUCAGAGGAUUUGUUAAUUAUCUGAAAGUCAGAAACAUGUCCGAAAGUAUGGCAGCUGCCCAAAGAACAAGGUAUUUCUUCCUAUUAUAGAGACUGCAUCAAUCCAACAUUCCUUUCUUAUGCCAAUGUGAAAUUUCAAGAUCAUCUGUAAAUCUACAACUUUAAUAGGAUAGAAGACUACUAAAAGCAGAAGACAAAUUAGUGAAGAUAGAGCAUCAUAAUUGAAUGGCAGGUGGUUUAUAUUUAAAAGCCAUUUUGUUCACUUUAAAUAUUUAUAUUUCUUUUGUUUUGCACAUUUGCAUAUGUGCCCAUUAUAAAAGAUUACAUAUACUUGAAAGAAACCAUAAAGUUGUAGCAGUUAAGUCCAGAUACA